AUGUCGAAAAAAUAUUCAUCGUUCAAAAGUGUUAAUCAUACUGUAGUUGCAGCACCAUGUAUAUUUAGUACGAUACCGCUCGAUGAAUAUAAUGUCACCACGUAUUUUUGGUACGAAAAUAAAGUUAGAGAAUUAUUUCCUUAG